GGUGCCCAACGCAAUUCAUCAUCUUCAGCUAUAGAUGCGUCUCCGGCGGAAAGGGACUGUUCAGAUUCCGGUCCCUUGCGUAGAACGAGAACUGCUGAAGACACAACGAGCACUCUGUCAUCUGCUUCGAAGAUGAAUUUCAGAAAGAUGAAGAGCAAGAAUUAUGUAGUCGGAGGGAGUAGCAGCAGCACCUGUCGUCCCGCACCUUUUCAACAUCUAACCUACCGACACGAUAACGAGUCCGAGUCCACAGUUACCACGUCUUCGCCAAACCUGCCGUUUGGAGACCACCGCAUUGCGGCUUCGUCCAAUGACGAGACACGGUCCGGGUAUGCGACCUCCUGUAGCCCGGACCUUGACUUAGAACUGGUUCAGCAAAGCGGUGGAAUCCCACUCGACCUCGUCGACGAGGUGUCAAGAACAGGAAAUAUAGAUCAUGACAACGAAUCAAUACCGACGGGGGAUCGAAAAAGAGAAGUACUACACUCAAGAACAAAUGACGCGGACGAUGGACUACAACUACAUUUUCAAGAAGGCAAUAAUCUGCGCAAUGCACCCACCUCACCGUCGCAUGAGGAACAAAGAGGUGUAUACCUCACUCGAUCGCGGAGGCAAAAAUUCACUGGAAAUGGACCACAAAAGCAACGCUUUGAGGAGGUUUUCCGGGAUUCCCUUCCGCAAGAACCCUCUGUGCAAAACAUAGAGAGAUGGCUUCUCGAGAUGACACAGCGGUGUUGCUUUAGCCUCACAAGCAUUGUGGGAGCGGUACAACUCUUGAUAGGAUAAAAGUUCAUACCUAUGCAUAGCUACUUACUUGUUUCUAGCGGCCAGCACCAUUUGUCUCAAGUUUUUCAGCUUAAACUUUCAUCUGCUAAGUUGAACUUGAAGUCCAACAACAUUUACCUUGAUCAUACCGAAGGUACAGGCAUUAGUUGUACUUCGUCCUCAAAUACUAAAAGACAGGUUGUCUACGUCUCGCGGCUAUUGCGCGAGGGCAAAAUUGAGUUCAGAGAAUGCAGCUGGCCUACGAUCUGGUGCUGGAUUAUGAUCAUAUCCGAAAAAUAUUGGGAGGAUAACUACAUUCAUCCUGGCCACGUCAUCCAGAUGUUCGGAAUGCAAACGCAUCAGAAGGAAGGUACUGAACCACAUGAGAUCGAGUGGAGGUGCUUAUGAUUUUCAUCAGGUUGUUGCGAUUGGGGAUUGCGUCAUGAUGUUGAAGAUGAUGAGAGGACGAUAGAUAAACGGCAUGAUUCGGUUCUUCUACUUACUUACUUACUUACUUACUUACUUACUUACUUACUUACUUACUUACUUACUUACUUACUUACUUACUUACUUACUUACUUACUUAGUUUUUGAUUUUUGAGCUUCUAAAGAAUGGUUGACUCGUACCUUCACCUUGUUUCUUGCACCUGCCACACUCAGACCUAUUCAAAAACAGGAAAGCGAACAGCGUUGCAGAUGCAACUUUGGCUGCUCGACGCACUCGGAUGGGACCUUAAUGUCAGCGAUGAGGAAUAUGACCAAGCCAUUUUCGAGCUACGCGCGCUCGUAGAGGAAGAUGUCAAGCCGUCGGGGGCGGCCCGAAUUUUUAUAGACCGACCUUUUCCCAAAGCAAAAAGCAUUCCCGCAGACCUCGGCAUGUCAACGCUACGAAAAACGGCCUCGCAUAUGCACGCUUGUACUUACUUGCGCACUUCCAUUUUCUCGCAACCAUUUCGUCACGCGCGUGGACGUGCUUGUGUGAAAAUACAACUUUGAUACGAUGACUCAUUUAUGUUGAUCAUGUGUCACUCAGUCAAAGUCUAUGCCUCGUCGGAGAUGAUUCAUCCCUGUCCCGCUGAGUUCAUCUUGAAUGAUCUCACUAACGAGAUGAAUGCUUACAUAUAAUAUAAGGAUAAGCCUUAUAUAUUUAUAUUGUCUCGUAUUUCAUCAGGUGCAUCUUCGUCCCGUAAAAUCGAUCACGUCGGCGGCCAGAAGAUCUUCAGCGGGCGACAACAGCGUCCUUUACAGUUUAAUGGGCCUGGUCAUCCUAGUGGAGGGUCGCAUCACAGACCAGGGAGCUCUGGAGCACCCCGACCGGGACACUUCCACGAGCAAUCAACAAGUAGCAAUCUAUUUGGUGAAGUUUUUCGGCACUGUGAAUAGAGAGAUCUUUCAUGAUUUCAUCCAUUUAUCCCCACUUCUCAAGUACUAGCUAUUGCGAUUUUAUUUUGGCGCCUCAUGAUCAAGAUGUUGAAUUUGGAUUUCUUAAUGGACGCAAAUCGUCAUUACUACUGACCCUUACGCAGCAAUACUGCUUAUUUUCAACAUUUUCAGGAGGUGGAUUAGGACCAGCAGGUCAGGUGAAUAUGAUACCAGCAUCAGCAGGAAUUCCCCAGACGUCCUCGGCGCAUCAAGCUCAACUGCAUCAGCAGCAUCCAUAUUUGCGGGCCCUGGACCCCUACAACCUGCAUAUGCAGCACCAGCAACAGUAUUUCCAUCAGCAUCAUCAAGCGAAUGCAGGAC